AUGAGCUCACUCAUACCUUCCAGCAAGAAGGACGGUGCGCCUGUUGUGCUGCAACAAAAACAAGAUCAUCUAUCUUCACAACAAGAUGAUACACUGCAUGACGCGAUUCGCGAAUCAAGAGGUUAUGAUCGAGUGCAAAGUGGCAAGAAAGCUGUGGUCCCUGAAGGAGACGAUACAACUGCCAGACUCGACCAGAUCGCUGAUUCGACCUGGAGUCCUUGGACUGACAGCGAGACAACACGAACCUUGCCUACCGCUGCUAGAAGGUUCACGGUCUUUGCCGCUGACAUUGGCAGAACGAUGGAACAUCUGCAGUCACAAGUGAGUCGGGACUACUAUGAGAGUAGAAUAUAUGCACAGCUUCCUCCGAAACAUCUUGCAAUGGAUGUGCUGCGUUCAGUGAACGAAGCGAUCCAGGUCCAUGGUAUCUUCCUUGCUAGAGAAGAUAUUAUGGACCGAGCCGAUGAACAAUAUAUUGCAGGCGCAGGUGAUUACCGCAGUGACCCAUGCCGAUGGGCGACUGUGUGCUCACUCCUUGGGGUAUCGGCACUUCAGAGAAUAGACAAUGGGUCUCUUACGGCACUCUCAUCAACGGCAUGGGGGUUUUUCAAGAAUGCAUUUGCAAUCUAUGCCGAAAUCGCAGUUCGAGAACCUUCAGUAGCGUGUUGUGAAGCGCUACUUGCCAUGGCUUUGUUCAUGCUGCGUUCAGCUGACACCCGCGUCGCUGGACAGAUAACUGCUACUGCAGCCCGCGUGGCUCAUAUACUCGGCAUGCACACGACGGAAUACUACGCCGGUCUCAACAAUGUGGAAGCAUACAGAAGCAAACGAAUCUUCUGGGUAAUAUAUAUCAUCAAUGCGGAGAUGACGCAUAGAUGUGACUUGCCUUCGCCUCUUGGUGCAGUGGAGAUAUCUGUGGAAUUCUCCAGGGACGAACAAUACCAUUCCACGAGCCCUGAAGGGCUAGGUCAGAUCACUCUUCUGCGAGAGCGAGCAACGCUUGCUAUCAAACAGCUGCAAAUACACGAACUACUACAGAAAGUGGUUUCCCGGCAGUUUUCCAAGCAGGAAAGUUUUGGUCUGCUGAAGUCUUUACUAGAAAUAUACGACGAUCUCGAGUCUUGGAAAGAUGCAUUGCCUACAGAUAAGCAAGUUCGUGACGGGAUGUAUGGAGCGCCACUCCUCGAAGUCCCAGUUGCUCUCCUACACUUUAUCUAUCUCGGUUGCAAAGGCAAGAUCAGCACGACGAUCGCUCUUCUGAUCGACCUGAAAACAUGCAACCCUGUUCUACAAGAAGACGAACUGUCCUCACCGGAGCGUCCCCUUCUUAACAGCAGAACGUCUUCGACGGAGUGCACCAUGACAGCUCGUAAAACACUUGACGUGCUGUUUCACUUGCGACCACAGCAACCAUUCACACAUCUCUGGCAGAUACUGUGCUAUCCUCUCUCCGCUAUCUUGGUCUUGCUAUGCGAGACUCUAGUACUUCCAGCGUCAAUUUAUGCUGAAGCUGAUGCGCACUUGAUCCACAACUUUGUCGAAUUUCUGGAGCAGUUCCAGAAGGCCGGUUGCGAUUUGCAUAGACUUAUUGACGGAUGUAGGAGGUUUUGCAGCUUAGCGAGUUGUGCGAUUAUCGCUGCUCAGAGCGGCGAGCAAGUCACGAUGUUUGGACAAUCACUCGAGGUAAGCCAGAAGGCCAUCAACUCCCGAGAUUGGUAA